AGCUGUAAAAUUAUAAAAAAACAGCAAAAUUUUAGUCCAUAAAGUCUGAAAAAAACCAGGUCACAAAAAGGUGGAAAGCUCAAAAUUACUGGAGCAAUUUGCGAGUGAAAAAACAAAAACAAGAUAAUCUUAUUGGAUUGCAGUGCAUGCCAAACGAGAAAAAUUUGCAGAAUUGUUUGCUUGCGUCCAUUUGCUGUGUCGACUCCAGGCUCGCGCUUAGUUAAAGCUAAAAUAACUUAUCUAUUUUAAUACAAAUAUCUUGUAAUAAAGUGCUCAUCAAAUACUAUAAAACUGAAGCCAUACUCCAUUGCGUUAUUGUACUCGAAAAUCUAAUACGCCUAACUGGUACGUGGCAGUGGUGGAGCUGGUGGUGAUCGGUGACUAGCCGGCCUUGCAUGGCAACGUCACUUUAAGAAGGACGAGAAAACUCUGGACAUUAUUGGACAAUAUAAACCUGAAAUAUUCUGCUAAAUACAAAUAGGACCAUUAAAGGCGCUCAGUUGUUUAUUUGAGUUUCAACAUUGCAAAAGUGCCCACAUUAAUGAACAAAACAAAAAACACUUAACACAUGAAAAUGAACAAAAGGAGCACUUAGUAACACUUAAACAAAAUAAAAACUCAAUACUUCGUACAACACGAACAAAUUUUUUCACAACAAAACAGAUAAUACGUACAACAAACAUAGCGAGAAAGAUCAAAAGUGUACCAAAUUAUAAGGAGAAUUUAAAGUAUUUUAAACGAAGCUGUAAAAAGAAGCUCAAGCUAAGCUAUGCAUUAGAGAAGCAAGCAAUUAAAGGACGAAAUCAAUUGCAUGCGAAAUGAAAGUAUCUCACACAAAAAAUAAAAAAUAAACGCAUCAACAAUUCACAUUAAUCAAUCACUGAUAUAUGUAAAUUAAUUUGGUGAUCUUAUGCAACGUUUAAGUUUAUGUAUGCACAUCACGAGAAGCAAAAACAAAAAGUAAAACAAAAGCAAGGCAACAAAUUAAAUAUUUUAAAGCAAUAUUUAAGUAGCGUUUAAGUGUAAAGUUAAUUGAAUAAUUAUUUUUUUAUUUGUGUUUUUUGCAAAAAUUUAUUUAAGACAUUCUUUUUUUGUUGUUGUGCUUUAAAUGUUCGUUCGCCGUUAAUAUUCGCUCAGAUUGAAGCUCUGCUUGCACGAUAUUAAAUUUAAUGAAUUAAUUAAUUACUGAAUAAGAACUAAUUCGUGCUUGAUGGUACUAUAAUUCUCUUGAGGACUAAAGAUAAUUGCAUCUUUUUUAAGAGGAGAAUUUAUGAUAAACACAAACGAACAAAAACCUCCCACACACACACAAAACAACAACAACAAUCCACAGCAGCACGCACCUGUUGGGCAAGUGAGCGCAUGCGCAACAAUUCCAUUAUCAAAAACGCACGCAUCGUACGAAAUACGGAAUAAAGCGGAUUAUCAAAGACCACACUCAUACACGCUUCAACAAUAAAUAAAUAAAAAAAUAAAGACGCUUGCGCAAUUGCGUUCAAAACGCGUUACAGAUGGCCCAUGUUGUCGGCGUACCUAAGCGGGAUCCUUGUCAAAACUGUCAGUUGCCCGUUUUUCUCGCCGAGCGCCUGCUAGUUGGCAAGAAAGUUUAUCAUCGCACUUGUCUAAAAUGUGCGCGUUGUGGUUCCCAACUCACGCCUGGUAGUUUCUAUGAGACCGAAGUAGACGGCGAAUACUGCUGUGAAACAUGUCCCGACGAAGAGGUGCAGCUUAAUGAAGUCUCUAGCAGCGAACUGGCAGCAGAUGGUGUACAGUUACGCCAUGGAGACGAAGAGGAAAUGCCUACCACCAGCAAAUCUAGCGCAGCACUUCCAAAAGCCGCGCGUAGCUCCAUCGCUGAACGGCUAGCCUUCUUUGAGCAAUCGAAGAAGAGUGCUGGUGGUAACAGCAGAAGUGAAGCAGUAACUGGCAGCAAUUUGCUGCUGCAGAAAAGUGUUUCCGAUGAGGAGAAGAGCAAGAGUCUGCAGCGCAUGGAAGCGCCUACAACCACGACAACGUCACCGGCGUACAAGAUGAAUAGCGCGCUUAGCAGUUUUCUCAAUGACACUAUCGAUGGUGAGGGCGAAGAUGCGGAGAGUUUAUCCAACACAGUUGAAAGUAAAUCGGGCGCAGAAACACAAAUGGAGACAUCAGACACAGAAAACGAUACAGACACGGAGGCGAGUUUGGAAGACGUGGCCGCCCCUGCAUUGCCCACAACUCAGCCACCUUCGGCGGUGGAAGAGGCAGGCUCGGAAAAUAAAAGCGAGAAAGUGAAAGCUGGAAGAUUUACAACCACUGCGCAAUUACAGUUGGCCACUGCGCCAAACGAAGCCGAAGCCGUAAAAGUAGCAGCUGUUAGUGGCCAAAUACAGGUGGAUGAAUUAGCUAAAAAGACGAACGACAACAGCACUGAGACCACGUUGGAAAAUAUGAAAACUGAGUUGCAAUUGAAUUUGGCAGCAACUGGAAAACAAGAAAAUGUAAUUACUAAUACAGCGAGCCUAACAGAACCUGAAGCCCACGUCGAUCAACAAGCAGAUAACGCAAACAACAAUGGCCGCCAUCAGAAGGACGAUUUGGAGAACGCCCCAACAAAAUUGGCAGCAGAACAAAAAGCGCAAACAAGCCCAGCAGCAGCAGUUAACUUAGAUUUAAGUGAACCUAAUUCUAAUGAAGAUGUUACCAAAGACCAAAUUGCAGAUACAAUUGUAAUUGAUGCAGCAACUGCACAGGCGCAGCAGCAGGUACAAUCAACGGUAUCAAACACUGAGAAACUUGCAGAACUGCGAGCAAAUCUCAGUGAAUUGGAUACUGAGAGUCGGACUGAAAAUAUGGAUACGUCUGUGGAGAAGCCUGUUGAAAUGCGCAUAAAGUCACUGGAGUCCCCAGAGGAUGUUGCAACCACCGAACGACUCAGUGUGGUGCGUGCGCGACUGCAACAAUUCGAAGUAAUUGCAAACAAACGUAAUAAUAAUGCUAAUGAAGAGAAACGCAGCGAUAAUGAUACACGUAAUGAUAAUAAUACUGACCAUAAGAUAAGUGACGCUGAAAUGGAUAGUACUAACACUCCUAGCGAUAAGAAGUUACUGAAUACUGGUCAUGAAGUGGCCACGAAACUGGAUGAACAGGUCUCUAUGACAUCAUCCACGCCAAAUGUAAUUAAAUCUAAAACAAUUGAAAAUGUGAAAAGAGUUAAUCUAGAAGAUGAAGCAAAAUUGCGAGCUAUGGAAAUGGAGAAGGCGGAACAAAUUGAAGCGAAAAUACAGGAAAUCAAGGAAAUCGAAAAGCCAAAUGUAAAUGAAGUGCCUUUAGAAAUGGAAACUGAAAAAGACAAUAAUGUAGAGUUAAAUGUAAUUGAUAACGAGUUUAAGCCCGAGGAAGAAACCCCGAAAAUAGCAGUAAGUGAAGUGGAAGUAACAACAGUAAAUACAGAAACUGCAAAGGAGUUGGCAACUCAGUCACUAUUGACUAGCGGCGACAUCGUCAACGCACCAGCAAUAAAGUCACCAACUACGCCCAGCAAAAUCAACCCGGAUGAAUAUCCCGAAGAUUUGAAUCCCUUUAAAUCGGAAGAUGAAGAUGAGGAACUAGAUGCCAAUAAAGAAAAUGUCCAAGAACAAUCAGUCGAAUUAAGAACCCCACAACUGCGUGGCAGCUAUACAACACCGGCAAAGUCUGCAGAGAAAGCACAAACUCUCAAUCCAUUCGAUAGUUCCGAUGAUGAGGUCGAAUUGGAGAAGACAUCACGCAACUCAACGGCAGCAUCUACGCCAUCAAGCGGCAAAGUGCCACCACCACGUCCACCACCACCACGCAUAUCGCGUAAUCCUUUCGGUGAGGAGCCCGAGGAAGAUGCAGCGAGUUUUUCACGUCGUUCCAGUUUGUCAUCAUCAUUGACAAAGAAGGCACCUGUGCCAACACCUAGAACAAAUAUAUCACAAUCACAAAAUCCCACACCGGAACCCACGCCUCGUCUCACCAAUAAAUCUGCACAAUCCGCCUCACCGUAUAUUCUGCAAAAUUCCAGCGACUACUAUGGCAGCGCCAAUUCGCUUGCCAGCGCAACUCACAACAACACACCGCAUAGUCUGCAACGCAACGCGGAAGUACGCGGCUCCAACAACUCUCUGACCUCUUCAGCGGGCGGCACCAUACGCUCGCGCAAAACCCGCAAAGCACCCGCGCCACCCACACCGCUCGCCAAGGAGCUCUUCCCUGCGCCUACAUCCACCACACUGUCCACAACCGCUGUUGAUCGACAGACGGAUAGUUCGAAAGCAUCUACACCCAGCUCGAGCACUGUUGGCACACCGAAGUUAGGUCGCAAAAAACGUCCUGCGCCAGCGCCACCAAAACCUGCGCGACUCGAUCCCACUUUACUACAAGCGGAGCAGCAGCAACCAAAUCAACAGCAACAGCACACAAAUGGCACGGCGUCAAAAAACUCGCUUAAUUACCCUCUGCAAGGCGAACAAUCCGACUCGAAGUUAUCCGACGAAGAAAAAGCUUUGUUGGAGGGUAAUCAGCUGUCAGUGGACAGCUUAAAGUUGCCAGUUGGCGCGGUGAUCAACAGCACAGCUAGUCAGCGUAGUUCACGUCGUGUCAUACCGCUCGACGCUAGCCUGCUGGAAGACGAACAGGACGCUGAUGCGAGCGCUCAAACCAAUAGCGACGGCGAUGCCAGCGGCAAAUGCGAUGACGCCAAGCAAAAGCAACAGCUAUUGCGCUAUAGCGAGCAGGAGGAGUCGAAUGUCGUGUAUCGACGUGUCCUUGUGCCACCUAGCAUGGAGACGCCGACGCGCGAAUCGAAUCCGCUGCUCGAAGGGCUACACGAUCGCCAGCUCGAGAAGUUGAAGGACAACAAGGAGGCGCAAAAUCGCAAUCGACAAUCACAAAUAUCCGCUUCGUCCGGCGCAGAAGACUGCGACAUGUCGUCGACGCCAUACAACAAAUCGGCGCAUGGAAAGUGGAAGCGGCGCAAGGGCCCCGCGCCAGCGUUACCCAUACCGCCGCGCAAGGUGUUGCAAAUGUUGCCGCUACAAGAGAUACGCCACGAAUUGGAGAUCAUUGAAGUGCAGCAGCAGGGCCUCGAAAAGCAGGGUGUUAUAUUAGAGAAAAUGAUACGUGAUCGUUGCGAGGGACAAAAUGGUGAACUAUUGGGUACAAAUGCUACAGCAGAUGAUGCGCCAGAUGGCAAGAAGCCAUCUAGCAGUGGUGGAGCGGAGCAUGUGCAGAACUCGAAGGAGGUGGAAGAUUUAAUACUGCAACUAUUCGAGCUGGUCAACGAGAAGAACGAACUGUUUCGCCGACAAGCCGAGCUAAUGUAUUUACGUCGCCAGCAUCGCUUGGAACAAGAGCAAGCCGAUUUAGAAUAUGAAAUACGCGUGCUAAUGGCGCAACCCGAACGCAAUAAAACCGAUUCGGAUAAGGCGCGCGAAGAAGCGCUCAUUGCACGCCUGGUGGAGGUGGUACAAUUACGGAAUGAGGUGGUGGAAUGUCUGGAAAUGGACAGACUACGCGAAGCCGAAGAAGAUUUGAGCAUUAAACAACGCUUAGAAAUGCAUAGCGCGCAGCGUGAAGAAGACACCGACUCGCGAAAAAUUACAGCUAAGCUUUCUAAGAAGGAGAAAAAGAAACAAAAGGAAUCGAAAAAGCUAAGCAAAAGCAAGAAAAUUGAUGCAGACAAGGAUGCUGACGAAUCUGAAUUAAAUAUGGAUAAGCAGAAAUUGAAAAAGAAAAAGAAGAAAUUUCUCUUUUAGCAACCAGAAUGAGACGCAUUUCGGGCCGUUGAAUGUAGUAAAUAGUAAGCAGUGUUAGAAAAGUUACAGUGACUUACAGCCGCCUUGUGAUACAUUUAUGACGAAAAUUAAUUUGAGAAAAAAUUGCAUAUAAUUUGUAAAAGUAUAGUUCCAAAAGAAAAGCAAAGUGCAAGCGUUUAUUAACACGCUAGACAUUGGACAUUGCAUACCCUUCUCGUUUACUAACAAUUUAGGCAUGCUUAGUGGGAAGCAUUACAUUGUCGCCGCAUUUAAACGAUUCCAUGCUCGUACUUUUCAUCUUACGCUAAUUUCUCAUAUAAUUACAAUUUCAUUGGCAUUCAAUUUAAAAUAUAAAUCUAAUUUGGAAAAAAAUGUAUAUUUUAAUUUUAUUUUGAUUUUCAUUGCUCUAUUGAAAUCUCAGCAUUUUCAGUUUAAUUAAAUAAGUACGUACACCUGUCUUCAGACUAUUUUAAUAAUUAUUAAUUACAAAUAUGAAUUACUAACAAAAUUAUUUUUAAACUUAUUUACACACAGUGUUACGUUGAUAAUAUUAGCUAAAUAUAAGCUUAAAUAUAUAUAUAAAAAAAAGAUAUAUUUUGCAUGUAUUAUAUACUGUCAAAUUAAACCUUACAUACAUACAAUCGUACAUACCUAUA